AUAUUUUGACAAUUCAAAAUUCAAAAUGUGUGCUGUGUGUUGUUUACAAAUUAAGUAACUGGAAUAUUGUUUCAUUGUUGUGAUUAAAUACAAAUUAAGUAGUAGCUACUGCUUCAUCAUGGAGUUUAUAGUAGACACAGUUGGAGACAACGAACUCCAGGUGAAGACGGAAUUACUGGACAAAGACGAAAAACUUUUUAUAGAUAAAGAAAAGAAAACAGAAGCAAUCUUAGCUUUGUUUGAAAAGAAAAAACAAGAGUUGGAUGCCCUAGAAGCAGCUGAAGAAGAAGUGCAAAACAAAUUGAAGGGUUUAAAAAUAGACACACUGUUUGAUGAGUUCUUUGAUGAAGUGGGUUGGACUGCACCCAUUAUAAAAAAUGUGAAAAAGAAAAAGUUAUUCCAUUUCGAUCAACUAGAUUUGGAAACGGGGAAAUUAAAGUCAAAUCUGGGUACAGUUGAUGUUGAAAAGGAAAUGCAGAAGUCAGUGCUCAAACCUGGUAUUGAAAAAGAGCAUUCCCUACCUAGCUAUAACCCCAGUCAAAGAAAACUGAAACUGCUGCGUAAGAAAGAGCGAGAGAAAACCAAAGGACCCAAAUGGUUCAACAUGCCAGUACCAGAAAUGACAGAGGACCUUAAAAAUGACCUGCAGAUACUGAAAAUGAGGUCAGCAUUAGAUCCCAAACGCUUCUACAAAAAGAAUGAUAUGGAAGUCUUACCCAAGUAUUUCCAGGUUGGUAAAAUAAUGGACUCUCCUUUGGACCAUGUAAAUGAAAGAUUGACAAGAAAAGAAAGGAAACGUACAAUGGUAGAAGAAUUGUUGGCAGACGCAGAGUUUCAGAAGUACAACAAGAGGAAAUACAAAGAAAUUAUUGAUGAAAAGAGAAAGACAGAGUACAAGACUUUCAUGAAAGACAAGAGACAGAAGAAUAAAGCUGUAUUAAAAAGUAAUAAGGCUAAAGCUAAAAAGGCAAAAUGAAUAAAGAAUUUUAAAUCAUA